UAGUAUUUUGGAAAAAAAUCAUCUACUUACAGAUCAAGUGUUUCUUACAUGAAAAAAGCAGUAAUGAAAAGUCUUACUGGAAGAAACAGAAGUUGAUUUUUAAGUCUGUUUAGACUAGAAUUAUUUUCAACCCUAAGACUGACUGUAGACUAACAUUGAAGGUGACGGUAUAUUUUCUGUUGUGAUGGACAUGUGGUGUAUUAUGUAAAUUUAGAAAUUGCACAAAAAUAAUGAAUUUUCUUAUGAAUGCUUCUGACAAACUAAUUUGAUAAUACCUACUAUUUUUAUCCCAUAAUGUGUUAUGUAAAGUUACUUUGCAUCUAUCGGCCUGAAGCUGUAGUCACAGACGGAAAUCGUGACUGGGCAUUCAGUCAGUUUUAAUUUCCUGCCUGCUGUAUUGGAUGAAAAAGCUAUUGGUUUCACUAAAUUGCCUUGUUAUUAAUUACGCUACCUUAGCCAACAUUCUCUUUACAUUUAACCAAAGGUAUUGUGUUGACACCCAAAUAUAUCAUGAAUAAGUUUCAGGACCUCUAAUUUAAAUAGUAUUUUCUCAUCGAUUAAACCAUUUUAUUUUGUGACCAAAUGGCUGAAUAAAGAGCAGCACUAAUAUUUCUUUUACUUCUUUUUCUUAAUAUGCCAAGAGUGCUACCCUUAAGAGUCCAUCGAAGAUGUUAUUCCCGUCUUCCCAAUCAAUACUGGCCCCAUUCCAAUUCCACUGUGCUGCUUGGGGAGAAUAAAGAUUGGUCCUAUAAUCUACAGCAAUGGCAGAGUCUCAAACCUCGCAAGCCGUCAAUGGGAUAGAAGACGACAGGUUUGAGCAGGAUCUGAAAGAAAUGCUGCGAGAUGGACCAGUCCUUAAUGACAGCAGCUCCACUGUCCAGAGUGGGGCCAUGACUAAGGUGGACAGUGUGGGUCCAGCCAGCAUAAAACCCCCUCUGUACACAGCAGGCAUGCAGAGAUCACAGACCUUCCCUACAUCUACUGGUAGUCCCAAUAUGUCUGCAAGAAAUGGCGGAGGGACCAACCCCCCACGUCCGUUUUCUCAGACGGCUUCCUCCAAACUUGAUAGUAUCAAAGAGUGGAGUCUCAACACAUUCAAGUGCACCAAACAGCUGUUAGCAGAGCGCCUGGGCAAGGGCUCUAGGACGGUAGAUCUGGAAUUAGAAUCAAAAAUAGAAGUACUGAGAGACACACAGAGAAGAUAUUCCAAUGUGUUAAAGUUGUCACGUGCUCUGACCAAUCAUUUUUAUCAUGUUGUGCAAACACAGAGGGCGCUAGGGGAGGAUUUUGCGGAGCUAGCGCAGAAGUCGCCAGAGUUGCAGGAGGAGUUCAAUUAUAACAGUGAAACGCAGAAAGCUUUGGUCAGAAAUGGUGAAACACUACUAGGUGCUUUGAAUUUCUUCACCUCGAGCAUCAACACCCUGAUCAACAAGACAAUGGAAGAUUCCUUGGAAACCAUUAAGCAGUAUGAAGCUGCAAGGAUUGAGUAUGAUGCCUAUCGCACAGAUCUGGAUACCCUGCAGUUGGGACCAAAGAACCCACAGACCAUCCCAAGGCUUGAGGAGGCCAAGAGAAAGUUCCAGCUCCAUAAAGACAAGUUUGAUAAACUACGAGAAAACGUGUCCGUUAAGUUGCAGUUCUUAGAUGAGAAUAAGAUCAAAGUGAUGCACAAGCAGCUGUUGUUGUUCCACAAUGCCAUAUCUGCCUACUUCUCGGGGAACCAGUCAGCUUUAGACACCACUCUGAAGCAAUUUAAUAUCAAACUGAAACCAACAGGGGAUUCCCCCUCAUGGCUGGAGCAGUGAGCUCACUGUGGUGGUUUCUCUCACCUUUGUUGCUGAAGAUGAUUCUUUAGAGCUGGAGUCUAGGUUAAAACUUCAUGGAAUAAUGGAGCAGAAGCUCCCCUUUUUUUUCUUUUUUUUUUUUUUCACGCCCUUCUUUGCCAUAGUCAAGUACAUGGCAGGAAGAGCACAGGAAUUAAACAUUAGCAAACACAAAGACGUUACAAAUAAUGAUUUGUAUGAUAUCUUGGACAUAAUAUUGUGAUUUUGUCCAUGAUGAUACUAACAGACAACCUUACACAGAGUUCUGAUGGACCAGGCUGAAGUCAACCUUUACACUCAACUUUCACUUCUAUAUCAGUUGAUUACAUUUGAUUAAACAACUUUAAUUUAAUUGCCAUUGUGCUCCAUUUUAAUGUGAUGAUGCAAGCUCCAAGUUCACAGUGAUAACUUGGAAGAAAAGAUACAUGAAUAAUACAGUUAUUCUUGAUCAAGCUCCGAGUUCAGAGUGAUAACUUGGAAGAAUAGACAUAUGAAUGAUACAGUUAUUCUUGAUAUUUGAAUGAAAUAUGAAGAGGUUAUCUGUCUGUGUCUUUAUUUGACUGAAAGUGACUUUUUUUUUUGCCUUGUUAGAUGCUGAACUUUUUUCACCCAGUCUUUUCCAAAAUUUUAUCAGGUGUUUAUUGUUAUGAUAUGUGAUUAUAUUGCAUUAUUUAUGGGUACGUCACUGUUAUGGACUUUGUUACAUGCAUUCAAGUUGCAGUCUGUUAAUUUUGUUGCAUAAGAUGUUUUCGUGUCAGCUCUUUUAUUCUCCAAGAAAGAUAAAAUUAGUUGAAAUAAAGUUGGUGGUCAUAGUAAAAAUUAACGUCCAAUGUAAAGUGCAGGCACAUAGAUGUAGGCUGUGCCCAUUGGUUAAUAUCUUAUCAAACCAGGUGAAAUAUUCAUAUUAAAUAUGUGUACAUAGCUUUGUUAAAAUGCAGAUUGGUGUAGAUAUCAAGUGAUUUCUAAGAUGUGAUGAAGCAAGUGUAUUCCAAGCACCUGUCGUGUUCAGAGCAGGAGAAUUAGUUUUAGGUGGGAAGGGGGGAGGUUAAGUGGUGUCCCAUUGUUGACAAAUAUUCAAGACUGAUUGAUGAGUGCUUACUUCAUUCAAUUUAUUUCUGAAGUCAGAGAUACUAAAUGCUGAAGCUGUCUCCUGGUCUCUUUCAUAGUUAGGGUUGGUAUUCUGAACAGACAAUCUUUGAUAGAUGCAUUUUGUUUUUUAAUUAAGUUGAUGUGGCUAUGGGUUUUUUAGAGGGUCUUGUUUGUUGUAGGAUGGUAAAGUGGUGGUGAUUAGAGAUAAAAUCUAUAUAAUUUGUCAUUUGUGACUUUUAAUUACGUCAUUUCUUAAGUACAAUGUACAUUAAAGACUUACAAAGUCAUAUGAUUGACAUUAGCAGUAAUUAACUUUUGGGUACAAAUUCAACUGUGAAAUUAUUUGUAGUCUAUUUCAAAUUUUGCUCUUAGAAAUUGACGAAUGGUUGUGACAAAAAAUGUAAAAUCUGUUUUGCCACUAAUUUCUUUGUUGUCAGUAAUUCUAUUUCUUUAGAAAUGGUUCUGUUAAAAAUCUUGUGAAGUAUUAAAGUCUGCCCCCAACCUCUUCCUGGUAGAAUUUGCUUCCCUGGAGAAUACUGUAGCAGCUGUUGUAAUGUACAUAGUUUUGUGUGAGAAACGAUACUGGAUUUUGGUGGGAAACAAUUAUAAUUUUAGUUGAAAAAUGAUGAAUGUGUUGAUAAGUGUUGUAAUGACAAUUAAAAAAGGGAUAAUUGCAAUAUAAGUCUGCUAGUUUGUUAUAGGAAGUUUUGGUAGACUUUCAGUCCUUGCUUUUGAUACUGUUAUUUGUGAUUGCUUUAUUUCAAUUUACUUAUAUUUUUUUGAUAAUCAUUAUAUAUUCUUUAUAUUUCAGUUGCAUGUAUGGAUGCCAUACAUUGUACAUAGAUAUGCCACGUUUACAAACGGUCAAUAAAUAACAGAUGGGUUAACUUUGUCCUUGUUUACUUUUGAAAUAGAAAAUAAUUAAGGUCUUGGAAGUUGAAAUUUAAAGUACAAAAAUUUUUGUAGAAAAGCACUAGUGCUAGUAAGCUUAAAGAUGUACAAAAUUUGCUCCCUUCACUUCCUUAAAUUAUAUUUCAGAUGAUUGAAGUGAUAUAUGACAAACAACACUGUUUAAAUUUAAAUAGUGUAUUUUUUACACACGCAGAUCUUACAUGGUGCCAUUUAGUUUUGAAAAAUUUUACAUUUUAACUCUGCCCUGUUUCAAUUAAUUAAAUUCAGUAAACAAAUAUAUUAAAGCAUACUACAACAAUUAAUACAUGAUGAUGUAACAGGAAACAUCUAUAAUGUCCCACUGUGUUGAUAGUCCUUAUCUGUCAUAUGUGGAGGAGUCAUGCUAUCCACCUUAAGUUUGCAAAUUCCCUUUAAAUAUAACAGGUCCUGUGUAACACUGGAAAAACCUGCUACGCAUUCCUUCCUUGUACUCCAAGGCCCACUCCAGGAUGUAAUAAUCAAUGUAUGUUCACUUCAGAUAACAAUUCCUCAGAAUGUUUUCAUAAGAAAUGAA